AUGAAAGUUUUGGGAUAUUUUGGAACAGUUUUCCUUGUGUACGCUUCACAGCUGUUGGCAACUCUUCUUUGUCAAGCAGAUGCUAAAUUAGAGGACAGCCACAUAAAAACCGCACAGAGAAAUCCGACUUUUAAAAAACAUGGCAACAAGUACGAUUUGGAAAAGGAUUUGAAACAUAAUAACAUUGUGGAACUCAAAGAGAGAGAAGACAGUUCAACGGUAAAAAGUAAAGAAGCAUUCUCGAUUUCUGCUGGAGGACGAAUUGUUAGCAGGGUUCAUAUUAAUACUAAAAAGAAUGGUUUUGAUCAAAAUGGAGUUACGGCGGCUGACAAAUCAACGAGCUCACCCACUUCUUCUCCAAGUCAGGAAGAAUCUAGAGAGUUUGGAAGCAAGUCUAUUGGUAGCCCAACAAAUGUGAGGAAGGUAACUCACUCUAAAAAGUCAAAACUAUUAAAAAACUUGCCUUCUGAAAAAUCGACCAAACUUCAUCAGAAGGACAACGUUACUCCUAAGAAGAAAAAAAAGUUGUUUAAAAAAUAUGCUUUGGUUCAGUCAUUUUCUCCACUUCAGUCUUCUGAAGAUUACCCGCCGAUUGCUGCGGGUGGUGGAGACCAGGGAUAUGGUUCAUUGGCUGAAAGUGAUCAAACAGGUGAGAUUCGAGACCAGGGACAGGCCCAAGAGCAGCAGCAGAUAGAUUAUUCGAAUUCGAUGUCUCAGUACGACAGUGCAGGAUAUCAACAGGGCAGUCAGUCACCCGAUACAAAUUUCGCGGGCCUUAACAACGAUGACGCUGGUCAGAGUGAAGGAGGACAGCAGCCUUCCAGUCUGGAACAGGCUAUUCAGUUACAGCAAGAGGCAUUCACUCAGCAGCCUCAAGAGCAAGAACAGGGGGAGCAAGGUACCGAGCAGGGAGGACAAGAAGAAGGAGGCCAGGCAGCUGAUGGUGGGCAGCUACAAUACCAGAGUGAGCAAACAGUUCAGGAACAAGAGCAAGGUGGUCAGGAAGGAGCUCAAGAACAGGGCGGAGGUCAAACAGGUUUUGAACAAGGGGAUUAUCAGCAGGAGCAGGCACAAAAUCUUGGUGAACAACAGUCUCAAGGCAUUGAACAGCAGUUUCAACAACAAACGCAGUCACAAGGGUACCAGUCUCAAGCGCAGGAGGAACCCCAAGAAUCACAGGGUGCAUCUACAGAAUCGCAAACUCUCCCGACGUCCUCUAGUUCUCUUGGUGGCUUAUUUAGUUCAGAAGCUCAGCAAACGGCAGAGCAAGAAGGACAGGGAACAGUAAGUUACGCAAAUGAACAGCCUAAUGAAGGUGGAGGGAAAGGUACACCUCCUGGUAUUCAGUACGCCUCUUCGAUCGAGGAAGCACUUAAAGAGCCUGGAGAGAAUCCCCAGGAAAGUACUAACGAUGGAAGAGAAAAUCAGGGUAGCCUCGGAGGAAUGGAAAAUGCGAAUGUCAUUAACAUCGGUGGAGGUUCAGAUUCUAAAGAAGAAUCCAAUGGUUAUAUAGGAGCAGGAACUAUAAGUGCCCCGUCCACAUAUCAGUCUGCUGCUUUUGAUGAUAACGGGAACACCGUACAACCAGAAACUACAUCUGAGGCUAACGCAUACACGUCCGAAAAUGAUCAGACCUCAAACGGUGAGGCAACGGGUUUCGACGGAAAUCAACCAUCACCGAGCGCUUCCUCUCCAGAGGGGCAGGGUCCAUUCAGCCUUGCUGAACAACAAUUUCAGAAACCAGGUCCAAGACCGAAGGUGCCCUCUCUUGAAGACGAUUUUUAUAAGAUCGUCAACAUUGCAAAUAAAAAUGGUCCCACGGCAGUCAAGGGAUGCAAAGGAUGCCCUCCCCAUGCCAAGUGCAUAGACAAAGUGUGCAUAAUCAAUGGUGAUCAGCCUCUGGCCCAUAUGCUGAACGCUCUAUCCGGUUCGGAACCAGAAGAAGAGCCUCAAGCAAGUGAAUGCAAAGAUUGUCAUUACAAUGCAAAAUGCAUCAACAGAGGAUGUGUCUGUAAAGCUGGCUACACAGGAGACGGAUUCGACUGUAGACCUGACACCUGCCUACCAGGCUGCAAGCAACAUGGCAAAUGCAUAAAGGGUUUUUGCGUCUGCGAUCAUCACCACUAUUUUAAUGGAUAUGAGUGUGCACCAUACAAGAUAACACACAGAACUUGUCCCAUUCAGUGUGCCACAGAGUGCCGUGCGAGAUGUCCACAAAACUGCUGUAAACAUCAUAGAGUUCUUAAAAUACACUAUAAUGAUGGGAAUCUCCAGCAGAUGACUGUUACACCAAAUGAACUGCUUCACAAAAACGCCUCUUCUCCAAACCCAACAGCAGUCCUUCUUAGGCCGGAAAACAAAUUGGACGAACACCUAGCAAACUUUGCACCAGAUUUUGAGCAGCGUCCUGAUGACUCAGAGGCUGCUAGUCUAGAAGCAAUCAACUUGAAAAAUCCUACAGGGGGAUUUUCAGUAACAGAAAUGGAAGGGAGACCCCUUCUCCAAAAAGAAGAGUGUCCAGACGAAUGUAAAACGGAGUGUCACGACUCUUGCCCAGUAAGAUGUUGUUUAGGAAAAUGCCCUCUCAGUUGCAUGGGGAGCUGUCACCCGUCGUGUCCUAAGAACUGCUGUUAUUCCCCAGGAACUAACCGUAUGCUACCAGUGUUGGAUCCAAAGGUUCAGGAAAACUUCAUGAAAACUAUGAUCGAAAAAUUCUGUCCAAAAGCGUGCAAAGAGAAAUGUAACUCAAAUUGCCCGCCCAUUUGUUGUGAACGUAACUCGUCUGAUUCUGGAGGCAUAAAGAGUACAAACGUUCAUCAAUUAAAAACUGAGGGCAAGCACAGCACCGACUCUUUCAGAAAUGCGAUGAGCUGGUUUGGAAUGAUGAAUUUCUUCAAUAUGAUGUACAACAUGUACGGGGACCUUUACGGCACCAAGCAUUUCACUAAAAUCCCUUUCAAACCGACUGACACGUUAAACCUACUAAAACCUACAAAACCCAAAACUUCGGGCAUCUUAAACCCUUCAAAAGUGAAUGAGGUUGGCGUCCCAGAGAGUGCAGCGAUUUCCGUUCUGUCAUGUCCAAAUUAUUGUAAUAAGAGCUGCCGACAUGAUUGUCCCCCGAAAUGUUGUGAAGGCAAGCCAGAAUUAAAGUCUUUGAAAGCGGUUGGAGUCCCACUGACUUGUCAAUCAUCGUGCAAGGUGUACUGUUCUAAAAGCUGUCCUUCAAAUUGUUGCUCGAAGAGCAACCCUCAAAGGAUAUCAGAGCAGCACCCAACCGGGGGAAUUAACGUUGCCAAGUCGGCAUCCAUAUCUCCACCUCUACAUAGUCCGGAACCGGCUCCACCUCCAGCCCCACCUCCUUCUCUACCUAGGCCUCCUGCUGCUUGUACGCCUAUCUGUCCAGCUUACUGCUAUCCUCAAUGUUUGGAAAACUGCUGCCAAAGAGGUGAGGUUACCAAGAAGAAGCCAUCAAAGGAGUUAAAAGCCCAAACUCAAGGCAAGCAAUCAUAUGAUAAUUUCUUUGCUAAGGAACCUAAUGGCCCUAGCCAAGAUUGUCCAGUGGUUUGUCGAAACAACUGUGGUCCUUCAUGCCCUUUACGAUGUUGUCAUCGCCCUCUUUCUUCACCAACAACAUCACGACCGGCAGCGCCCUCUCCGUCAAUCAAUACACCUCUCUGUCCAGGUAGCUGUGCUUCGCAAUGCUUCCCUGCUUGUACAAUCAGCUGCUGCAAAGCUGGGUUUAUAAAGAGCAGUUCAAACCUUAACAUGCCUGUUCUAAGUCCAACAAGAAGAGAACAUCAACCUCCCUCAAGAACUGAGUUAUUUCCGCUUCCACCUCCAGCGGCCGUUUGUCAUCCUGGUUGCUCACGAUCUUGUUAUCCAAAUUGUGACGAAUCGUGCUGCCGAGCAUCGACCCAGGCUUUGAGGGUGCUUCACUCAAAACCGGUCGGUGGUUCUUCCCGGCUGACCAUAAAAGUACCUUGUCCGUCCGACUGCAGACCGUUCAAUUGUCUUUACUAUUGUCAUCAUGAUUGUUGCCUGCCACGAAGCGAAACACCAGAUUUGAAAAGACGUGGUUAUAAAGAUCUACGGAAAAAAUUCGGCGUCGUGAGGAGAGCUAAGACGCCAACUGUAAAACCCAUUUUUAAAGCUUUUGGCAAGCGUAUUGUGAAAAAGAGGACUAAAAUACUUGGGUGAUCACUUCUUUCAUAAAAGUUCUCAAAUGAAUUCGCUUGCCGUCGGACACCUGAGCUACGGGUUUUGAUUAUCUGAUGGAAGCAAUCAAAGAACACUAGACGAAAGAAAUUUUCUAUACCUCGCGUAUUUUAAGAUCUCAGAGAUGAAGAGCAAUGAUGACUUUUGAAUUAAUGCAUCCGGAAAAAAAGUAUUCAUAAGGACCGGACCUUGCAAAGUCUGAAUCUACCAUGAACAGACAAGUUACUAAGAAUGAAAUAUAGUCGCCGUGUUUUGAGUUCAUGGGCUAGUUUCUGUGUCGACAGGCUGUUUAUAGAGAUAUGCAUUUGAAAAAAAUUUUUGUCCAUCAACAAGAUAACUACGAACCCUAGCAGUAAAAUUAUUCUACUUUCCUUGACCGAUAUAUCUUUGUUUCCCUUAUUUGGUAUAAUAAGGAGCUUUUAGGCUUAGCAGUUAUUUGUUAUAAUUGUAGUCAUCUUAAGGCAACGGUGGACCUACCGAUGACUGUAAGAAUCUGAUUUUUUUACUUGAUCACUGGUGACCAAAUUCUUAUUUUAACCGCAUUCGUAAGAUUAAGAACCAAUAAGCGGCCAGGCCUUCACUAUUACAAGAGGUCGAGCCGAAAUGAUAGUUUAAAAUUCCAAAUUUCGUUGACAAAAAACACCCUUUACUGGGAGUACAUUCGAUUAGAUUAUAAUUGCAAAAUGUUUCCAAGUUUACACGCUAUGCAUGCAUUCCAUAAAUUUAUUUCCCAAAUCGCUCUCUAUAUGUUUCAAAGUAUCUUGGACUGGUCUUUUGGGAGUGUAAACUCAGUAACAUCAUUUGGUCGAAAACGAAUAUUGCAGGAGGUCAUUGAGAUGUAUAAAACAGAUCGCCUUAAAGAAAAAAAUUUAAUCUUCACUCUUAAAUUAACAAA